CUGAAAAAACUCCCGACAAUUUUAGAGAGAGAGAGAGAGAGAAUGGCAGUUAAGUCGUCGUUGGUGUUCUUCUUCUCCAGCACGCCUAAGAUUACACCUUAUAGUCCUCGUUGCUCUAAACUGAAACCUCCACGUGGCAAAAUCACAGCCUUCAGUUGCUCUGAUUUACGGUAUGAUGAUGAUGAUAAGCGGAAAGCACCAAUAAAGAGAAGCCACAGUGAGUCGUUUUGCUGCAUAUGCGGAAGAAGGCGUUUCAUUGACGGAGCAACGGCAACCUCAACGGCUUUGGCUGCGUUCCCUAAUCGCCCCUCUAAUGCUUCCGAUUUACACUCUGAUGAUUAUAGGUCUGUGUUGAACAAGGUUCGCCCUCCAAGACCAGAUUGGUACGAGGAGUUCUAUGCAUCAGUUUUGGAUAAAUUCAUGGACUCUUAUGAAGCUGAGAUUGCAGAUUACAAGUCGCAAUUGUUUAGUAACUUGAAGGGGAGGGCUCAGAGAGUGUUGGAGAUUGGCAUUGGUACAGGCCCUAAUCUCAAGUAUUAUGCUGGUGAAGCUGAUGUCCAGGUUUUUGGUAUGGAUCCCAAUAGAAAGAUGGAAAAGUAUGCUCAGGCAGCAGCAGAGGCCGCUGGCCUGCCACUUACAAAUUUUGAAUUCUUACAUGCAGUUGGGGAGGCUAUACCCUUAGGUGAUGCUUCUGUUGAUGCAGUUGUUGGAACACUUGUGUUGUGUUCUGUUAAAGAUGUUGAUAUGGCACUGAAAGAGGUGAAGAGGGUGCUGAGACCUGGUGGUAUUUACCUUUUUGUGGAACAUGUGGCUGCUAAAGAUGGAACAGUUCUUAGAUUUAUACAGAAUGUUCUUGAUCCUUUGCAACAGACAGUAGGUGAUGGGUGUCACCUUACCAGGGAAACAGGAAUGAAGAUAUCUGAAGCCGGGUUUUCUGGUGUUGAGCUUAACAAGGCUUUCUUGUCUAAUGCCUUCUUUGUAAACCCCCAGGUCUAUGGUAUAGCUUGUAAGUAACACCAAGAGUAACUCAUUGUUGUUCUCAACUCCAGUUCCUACAUCUCAGCUACUUUUGAUGUAGAUUGUUGCUUUAGAUUUGUGUGGGUACCAGGGGGGUCAUUCCAUUAGUUAAGGUUCACAACCAUUGACACAUGGGGUUUGAUUUGAAGACUGACAAGUACACAAUUCCGACCAAGUCAUCAAGUGCUUUUGGUUGUUGGGUAGUUUGUAGACUACAGUUACUGUUCACUCAGAGCAUGGCCAAAUUCAUUGGAAGCAGUUGUUGUAUACUACAGAAUUCAGAAGACAUUCUCAUUAUUUAGAUAUAGGUUUGAAAAGGUUUGUUCUUUUUUCUACCCCUCAUUUCAUUUGCAAACAUGUUAAGAAACAAGCCUUACAGUUAAGUGUUCAAGUGCUGAAUAUUUCUUGCAGUAGGGUCAUGAUAGAAUGUUUUGUUGAAAACAUAAUAGAUAAAACCAUGUGGAAGCAGCAGUUUCUGGGUUCAAAUUCAUCAGGAAAUCUUUUUCAAAUGUUCUAUUUUUCUAGAUUUUUUUUUUUUUUUUGAAGUAUUCAAGAGCUUGUUGAUGCAAUCUGAUCGAACCUGAAUGUGCCAAGAACAAAGUGUUCUAUACCAUUUUAACUAAUCAUUGUGAUGCACA